UCGGAUAGCAAUGAAAAAGACAGACAUGAGUAUGCUACGAUGAUGAUAUCGAAAACUUUCAUAUUAUUAAUUUGUUUUCAGUCUUGAAGGGGAAGGAACUGAACUACGGUUCCAUUAGUAGAGUAUUUGACACAAAUAUGAUGAGCAUUGAUUUAUCUUCAAACAAUUUAAGCGGCGAAAUUCCAGAAGAAAUAACCACACUUGAUGCGCUAGUGAAUCUGAAUUUGUCAUGGAACUGCUUCAGCGGAGUUGUUUCAAACAAGAUCGGGGAAAUGCAAUCGCUGGAAUCACUUGACCUCUCAAGGAACAACCUUUCAGGGGAAAUACCAGCCUCUCUGUCAAAUCUGACAUUCUUAAGUUACUUGGACUUGUCGUAUAACAAUCUUACAGGAAGAAUUCCAUCAGGACGGCAGCUUGAUACCCUGUAUGCAGCAAACCCAUAUAUGUACAUUGGUAACAUUGGUCUUUGUGGGCAUCCUCUUCAAAACAAUUGCUCGAGGGAAGGUGACGUAUCAAAGCAAGGUCGCCUAGGAGGAACUGAAGAAGGUCAUGGGAUAGAAUUCUUUUAUCUUGGACUUGGCUGUGGCUUCGUAGUUGGUACCUGGUUGGCAUUUGGUGUCCUGUUAUUCAAGAGAAGCUGGAGAAUUGCUUACUUCCAGCUCCCCGACAAGUUGUAUGACAAAAUCUAUGUCCUUGUUGCUACAUGGACAAGAGAACCACAGACUGAUUACCAUGAAGCAGAUGCAACGAUUGGUGCUCCAACUAAAUUUAGCCAAGGAAUGCAUGAAUAAAUGGAAGCGGAGAAGUCUGUUCGCCGCUUCGACUUCUGUUACUAUUACAUAUUGCUGGUAUCUUUUUUUUUCAAACGAAAUGUAAUGUCGCUGUUAUAAGUCCUGACCCCGCCCACAUUCUUUGGGGGCAGGAAUUGUGUAAUAUUAAGGUGAAUGGUAUAUAUUUUCUUAAGCAGCUACCAAGAGCCGGAACUCCAUAAUGGCACAACUUAGAUGCAGGGUCAGGGUGUAGGCAUGCAGUAGCAGUUGCCACCUGCUGCCAUCCCCUGUAAAAGUUUCGGCAAUAAUAUUACCACUGGUAGUGGAGGAGUGCAAAUGUUGUGCAUGUAAAGGUUGAUAAGAACGCUCAAUUCUUGCUGUUCAUGCUUUA